UCUUUGCACACAUUCCCAUCAGCAUCUUUUGGAUGGAACCACAUCUGUAGUCAAGCAGGAUGGACGAAGCAAAAGAAAGGCCAGGAAGACGAGCAAAGCGGUCCGCGUUCAUUGCAGGUACAUGAUGCUUCUUGAAGGGGAGAUGCACCUUAUUCUCAUCCAAACCCAAAGCAGCAGUGUGAGGAAAUAUUCUUAUUCAGGGGAGCUGUUGACUGACAGGAGAAGUCAGGAUUUUGUAAAUGAAAAAAAUUGGUAAAAACCUCAUGUCUGUCUGACUGCAGGGCAGCACCCUACCCAUUUCCCAGCGUCUGACCUCUAGCCGUACUUCCUGGCUGUGAAGAAUGGGUGAUGGUCCAGUGACGGACCCUGCCCGCCCGCCUCAUCCUACCCUUCAAUGGAGCCAGCAUGGAACGCCUCCAACCUGCCUCCACACCUCCCAUCCAACAUGUCUACCUCUGCUCUGGCCGAGGGCUGGCCUCCGUCCCAGUGGCUAGCCCUGACUGCCAUGCUGCUCAUGGAUCUGUUGGCUGUGGUGGGAAACGUGGCCGUAAUGACGGUCAUCGCAAAAGUCCCGCAGCUCCACAAGUUUGCCUUUGUAUUCCACCUGUGCUUGGUGGACCUGCUGGCGGCCUUGGUUCUGAUGCCCCUCGGCAUGGUCUCCAGUCGAGCUUUCUUCGGGGAGGCCAUGUGCCGGAGUUACCUGUUCCUCAGCGUAUUCCUGGUCAGCGCUGCCAUCCUCUCCAUCUCAGUCAUCAACGUGGAACGCUAUUAUUACAUCAUACACCCCAUGCGUUACGAGGUGAAGAUGACCGUCGGCCUGGUAGCGUCAGUGCUGGUAGGGAUAUGGGUGAAAGCCUUGGCCAUGUCUGCUUUGCCGCUGCUCGCCUGGGUCCUACAAGGCGCGAGGACUCCCCUCCUGGAGGGUAGCGGUGGAGGUGGGGGCGUCUCAUCUCCCCCUGCUCAGGGUCAGAGGCGCUGCUCCCUGCACUGGACAGGGGGUGGAUCCAACCGUUUGGCGUUCAUGGUCUUUUUUACACUACUUUACUUCCUGUGCCCGCUGCUGGUCAUUUUUGUUGUGUACUGCAAUAUGUUCAAAGUGGCUCGGGUAGCCGCCAUGCACCACGGACCUCUGCCCACUUGGACGGACACGCCUCGUCGCCGCAGGUCAGAGUCACUUAGUAGCCGGUCCACUAUGGUCACCAGCUCUGGGACGGGGACCGGGACCGGAAGGGAGACCCCGGGGCGGCCAUUAGGAGGAGGGAAAGCGGCGGCAGUGCUGGCUGGUGUUGGAGGCCAAUUCUUGUGUUGCUGGCUGCCCUACUUUUCUUUCCACUUGUACUCUGCUCUGGCUGCCAGCCCUCCAGCUGCAUUGGCAUCUCUGGAGGAGGCAGUCACCUGGAUUGGCUACUUUUGCUUCACCUCCAAUCCUUUCUUCUACGGCUGUCUCAACAGACAAAUCCGGGAGGAGCUGGGCAAACACCUGCCGUGUUUGUUUCGUCGAGCAGGGCUAGAGGUGGAGGACAGGCUGCCCAGCCGUGAAGGCUCCAUAGAAGAAAAUUUCCUCCAGUUUCUUCAGGGCACCGGCUGCAACUUGGAACCUCAGAAUUCACACAGCACCUCCAGUCCCAAGGGGGAAGCCUGCCGGCCAAUGGCUCAGUCACAAGCACCUGAGCCAGCACAUCCACUACCUGCUGAUUUUCGUAUACCCGGGCAAAUCGCAGAGGAGACGUACGAGUUUAUUGAGACUGAUCAGGCGAAAAACAACCACAUCGAUACAGACACUUAAUUCUUUUAUCACAGUAUCCUUAUCAUCUAAGUGUUCAGGGGUAGCUACACCGCAGUAUUAUUAUCAAAUGAGUGCAAAUGAGAGACAAUAUUCUGCAUAUUCUCAAGAAGAACCCAAUGUUCAGUUUUGAUCACUGUCAAUGAGCUAAGUCUUGUAUUUUGAUAUCUCAAAGUAUGAUGAUGAUGUGAACUAAAACCACAAUAUAAAUAUACAGUAUUCCUAAAUUAAUACCUCACUGACUGUUCCUAUCAAACCAGCAUUAUAUUGCAAAGACAGACAUUUUAAAACAACUCUUAAAUCAGUUCCCCGUAAAGUCCCUG